GGAAACCGGAAGUAUUAAUCGAAAACAUUAGCCCUGCUCCUCCUUAUUCCUUCCUUCCUUCCCUCCUCCUUCCACGCCGCGUCACUGGCGUCGUGACGCAGCACGCCGCUGCUCGAAUCGGAGGAGGAGGAUGGUGAGGGGCGUGUGUGUGGGACAGGGAGACAAGAUGGCGUCGCUCUGUUGCCGAGGCGGGUCCCGCGAAGGAAGGCGGCUUGUCCUCGUCGCCGCUUCUGCUGCUGUGGCCACGGCCGGUCAGGACUUGUAGCGGGGCGAACUCCGGGCGAGUGUGAGGAGGAGCGGCAGCAUCUGCAGCCGCCGCCGCCGUAAGGGAUUCUAAAUGGCUGCUAGGAAGUCGGGGUCCGACUUUCAUGGGACCUUCAGUUAUCUUGAUGACGUCCCGUUCAAGAUAGGAGACAAGUUCAAAGCACCAGCUAAAGUUGGCUUGCCCAUUGGCUUCUGUUUGCCUGACUCUCCACAGCUUGUAAGGGACGCCCAGUAUGAUUUCUCCCUGGAAAAGAGGACUAUUGAGUGGGCUGAGAACAUUAAAAGAAUUCAGGCUGCCCAGGAAGAGGCUGAACGAAAGGCGGGGGUGGCCCAAGCAAAUACAAAGGCAGCCUUGGAGGAGCCGAGCCCAGCCGGCUUCUCGGACAGCAGUUGCCCAGAGAAUGUCAUGCCACCACCCAUCAACCCUAUCCUUGCCAGUCUGCACCACAAUUACAUUCUUAUUCCUACCCCAGCCAACAGCAGCACUCUAAAGCAAAAAGUCUUAAGUCCUCCCCAUACAAAGGCUGAUUUCAACCCAGCAGAUUUUGAGUGUGAAGAAGACCCCUUUGACAAACUGGAAUUAAAAACGCUUGACGAUAAAGAGGAACUGAAAAACAUUCUGCAGCUCCAUGUUGGUACCACAGGCCCAAUAGUGGCCCAACUACUAGACAAUAGCUUGCCCAAAGUAUCAUCUGAGUCUGUAUUACAAGAUCAGGAGGUUUUGGCAUCCUUGGAAAGGGCCACUUUGGACCUCAAGCCCCUUCAUAAACCAAAUGGUCUUAUUGCUUUACCGCAGCUGGGGGGUUGUGAAAAGAUGUCCCUGUCUUCCAAAGUGUCCCUCUCGCCUGUGACAUCAGUGAGCAAUAUCAAGUCUCUCUCCUUCCCAAAGCUUGACUCGGAUGAGAGUGACUUGCAAACAGCGAAGCUCGCAAACACGUUCCUCGGCGCAUCCUGCCUUCGUAACAGCACUUUCCUCAGCUCUUUGCAGAGCAAAGCCAGCGAACUGAAUGGGCAUCAUGUGGCUGGGCUUUCCAACCUCAACAUGGAGAGUGGCCCAGAGGCGCAAACAGUAUCCUCCACAUCCAGACUGCCUUCUCUGCCCACCUCAGUAGCAUGUACAGAAGAAAUUCCAGCUCUCACCACAGCCACGGUGGUAACUCACCAAAGUUUCCUGAUGUCUCAAGUGCCCAAUACCACCAGCUGUGCAAAAUGGCCAAGUGGCUCCAUCUAUGUAGAUGUGUUGCAGGCCCUUUCCUCCAGUGAGCGGCAGUGUGUCGAAACUGUUGUCAACAUGGGCUAUUCCUACGAGGACGUCCUGAAGGCAAUGAAGAAGAAGGGGCAGAACAUAGAACAGGUUCUUGAUUACCUGUUUGUCCAUGGGCAGCUCUGUGAGAAGGGCUUUGAUCCACUCCUUGUAGAAGCUGCGCUUGAAAUGUAUCAGUGUUCAGAGGAGAAGACGACGGAACUUCUCCAGCUAAUGAGUAAAUUUAAAGAAAUGGGAUUUGAACUGAAAGACAUUAAAGAGGUUUUAUUAUUGCACAACGACCAGGAAAAUGCACUGGAAGAUCUAAUGACCCGGGCAGGAGCCAGUUGAAGAGUGCUGGGCGGAGCACAAGCCUUGCCCUGCCAACCAGACCAUUUACCGCCAUCAUCAUGUGGCUCUCCCUGCAGGUGCGGGAAGGAGGACAACACCGCAAGGAUUCUGCCUUUCCUGGAUGCUGAGAGAGCUGGUCCGUUGGCACACAUCAAUCCAGUAUGCCAUUCCCAUCGGAGAGAGCCCAGGCUGCUUUCUUCAAUUAAAGUUUAAGUGUCCUUUCCUGAGUUUCCUUUUUUUGGCUAGGCCACGGAGAAUCUUGACUGGAGUUGUACAUAGUCAGACCAGGCUAGUUGUAUAUCUCCCCCACCCCACCCCCACAUCUUGCACUGGACUCGGUCAGAGAAGUAUCAGCCUGGCUCUGAAACGAACAAUGCUUUGGCUCCUUGAAGCUGCUUUCAUUUGUGUGUCUGCUUGUACUGAAAACAUUGACCCUCGGUCAAGAUUAACAGAAGUCUACCUUUAGUGCAAUGGAAUUUCAGUUUUGUUCAGUGGAGAGGGGAGUCUUUGGUUUAAGGUUAGCAUGUAACUUAGUGUGACACUGGUUCUGAAACUGCCGCUAUGCAUAGAGAAGCUGUAUUGCUUCUUUUUCUGGUGUGUUGGCUCUGGCUGCUCACAUUCUUGCCAGUGCUUGAAUAAAUACGUUCUCAGAACAGGUAAGCUGUGAAUCCCAAUUUGGACCCCUCGUCCACUGGCUGUUUUUUUAAGCCUGGGGAAAGAGACUCGAACCUCGGUACUUUCCUGUCCUCCCCAGGGUGGUAGUUUUUUUAUUUAAGCAGAGGCCCUUCUGGGAAAUCAGCUGAUCAUCAGUUUAAAAUAGUUACGCAGUGUGAAAUUGGAAGUCUAUCUUUCAAGCACUUUCUUUUUAAUCUUCACCGCAUUGGUUCCAUUUUUUCGCACUGUUAUAGUUAUCAUUAAUCUAUUAACAUCCUAGUAAUAGGAAUCAGACUUUAGGUUUUGAUAGUACAAAAGUGUAUUAUGUUGUACAUGGUUAAAGAUCUAAAUACAUAAAAUAUAAGCAGUCUUGAUCUUUGGAGUAAUUUGCUAAGUAUUUUGGUUCUGCAGAAAGAGAUACUAAUAAAACCUUAAAAUGUG